AUGAAAACAGAUUUUGAAGUGUCACAUUCAACUAUAAAAUCUAUAAGAAAAGCUAUAUACGAUAAAAGACGGAAAAAUUGUCCUCCUUUCCCAGAUUCAUUGGCCUCUGUUAUGUUUCAGUUAAGACAAAUGGAAGAUAAUGAUUGUCUGAAAUUCAAAAAUGAAAAAUUUGUUCACGCUCCAGACGAUUUUCAAUUUAUUUGCAUUACAACGAAGACAAAUAUUAAUAUAUUAUUACAGUGUGAAGAUGUAUUUGUAGAUAGUACGUUUGAAUACGCACCCAAAUACUUUAUGCAACUUUACACAAUACAUGGGUUAAAAAAUGGUUAUUAUCUACCUUUAGUUUUUUUUUUUUUAAUUGAUAAAUUCAAAGAAACGUAUAUUCAAAUGUGGACGUAUUUAAUUAAAUUAUGCUCAAAAUAUUCUUCUGAAAUAUUAAAUAUAAAACAAUUGCAUGUCGAUUUUGAAGUUGCUGCCCAUGAAGCUGCAAAAACAGUGUUUCCUGAAGUAAAAAUUAUUGGGUGUCAAUUCCAUUUAGGCCAAGCUUGGUGGCGUAAGAUUCAAAAUCACAGUACCUUACGAACAUCAUAUAAUAAUGAAGACAAAUUGGGCCAGUGGUUAAAAUUAUUUUUUGGACUACCAUUCCUACCAUUCGAUAAAGUUGAAGAUGGUUUUAUUCAACUUAUGAAUUUGUGUCCAAAUGAAAUCGAGGGUCAUAUAUUUAGUGAUUACAUCUUAAAUACUUAUAUUGAACCUGGCUGCUUAUUCCCCCCUAAAAUAUGGGCAAAAGAGCCAUCAAUUAUACCUAGAACAACAAAUGGUGCAAAAAGCUUUCACAAGAUGUACAGUGGGCUAUUUCAUAGGGCUCAUUCACCAACACAUGUGGUUAUAUCAAUACUAAAAGAAAUCCAAGUCGAAACAAUGAAGAAAAUAUGUUUAAUUUCAAAAGGAAUAAUUAAUAAAAAUAUGGUUCUACCUGAUUUAAAACGGAUUAAAGCUUCUAUUAAAAUAUAUGAACAGUAUAAAAUUGACGAAAAUAUUACAAUGUAUUUAUCUGAAAUUGGCUCUAUUUACCAGCGAUAA